UCCAAAGGAAUCCCGAGGGCGGGGGAAUAUGAAACACCGAAAAAACGUAUCGGUACAGAUAUUAAAAAUAAAAAAGCCAUAAUAAAUUCGUCUAGAAUCAAUUCAGGAAUUGUGAGUCAUAAAUACGUAAAAACAUUACUGAAUACCGGACACACCACCACCAAUAAAAUAUUCUCACGCAUCCAUCAAAAAACCGAUGACGAGAUUAUUAAAUCUCCGACCAUCUAA